GUUGUCGCUGCUGAGAUCGACGGUUGGGUCGCAGCUCAGUGAGCCCCUGCUGCAGGAAACAAGCAAGGGGACCUCCAAGGAGCUCGGGCUGCCGAGGCACGAUAGCCCUACUCUAUCUUGAGAACUCCCUUCCCAAGGUCAGGAACAGAGCAGGUGCAGAGGCACUGCAGUCGCCUGUUGCCCAGCCUCCUGAGUGAUGCCAGCCCAACGGUUCCUAAUCUCCAGACUGGCCCUGUUGGUACUGCUGGGCACAGUCAGAGCAGGCCCUUUCUCUCCACGGUCCAAUGUGACACUCCCAGCCCCUCGGCCUCCUCCCCAGCCAGGGGGCCGCACAGUGGAGCCCGUUGGGGGAAGCCCCUCUUCUCGGCUUUAUGAACACACCGUGGAAGGAGGGGAGAAGCAGGUGGUUUUUACCCACCGAAUCAACCUGCCGCCUUCAGCCAGCUGUGGUUGUCCCCCGGGCACAGAGCCCCCUGUUCCUGCUUCAGAGGUACAGGCCUUGAAGGUCCGGCUAGAGAUCCUGGAGGAGCUGGUGAAGGGGCUCAAGGAACAGUGCGCUGGAGGAUGUUGUCCCGCUGCAGCCCAGGCUGGCACAGGCCAGACAGAUGUCCGCAGCCUCUGCAGUCUCCAUGGCGUGUUUGACCUGAGCCGCUGUGCCUGCUCCUGCGAGCCAGGCUGGGGUGGGCCCACCUGCUCAGACCCCACAGGCGCUGGGGUGCCCCCCUCCACCCCACCCUCAGUCUCCGGGUCCUGCCCAGAUGACUGCAACGAUCAGGGUCGCUGUGUCCGCGGGCGCUGCGUGUGCUUCCCUGGUUACAGCGGCCCCAGCUGUGGCUGGCCCUCCUGCCCCGGGGACUGCAACGGCCGUGGGCGCUGCGUGCAAGGCGUAUGCGUGUGCCGCGCGGGCUUCUCCGGGUACGACUGCAGCCAGCGCUCCUGCCCCCGGGGCUGCAGCCAGAGGGGGCGCUGCGAGGACGGGCGCUGCGUGUGCGACCCCGGCUACACUGGCGAAGACUGUGGGAAGAGGAGCUGCCCCCGGGGCUGUAGCCAGAGGGGGCGCUGCGAGAACGGACGCUGCGUGUGCGACCCCGGCUACACUGGCGACGACUGCGGGGUGAGGAGCUGCCCACGGGGGUGCAGUCAGAGGGGGCGCUGCGAGGACGGGCGCUGCGUGUGCGACCCCGGCUACACCGGCGACGACUGCGGCUCGCGGAGCUGCCCGUGGGACUGUGGCGAGGGCGGACGCUGCGUGGACGGCCGCUGCGUGUGCUGGCCCGGGUACGCGGGCGAGGACUGCAGCACCCGGACGUGCCCGCGGGACUGCCGGGGCCGCGGGCGCUGCGAGGACGGCGAGUGCAUCUGCGACUCAGGGUACAGCGGGGACGACUGUGGAGUGCGCAGCUGCCCAGGCGACUGCAACCAAAGGGGCCACUGCGAGGACGGCCGCUGCGUGUGCUGGCCAGGGUACACGGGGCCCGACUGCGGCUCGCGCGCCUGCCCCCGCGACUGUCGGGGCCGCGGACGCUGCGAGAACGGCGUCUGCGUGUGCAACGCGGGCUAUAGCGGCGAGGACUGCGGCGUGCGCAGCUGUCCUGGGGACUGUCGCGGCCGGGGCCGUUGCGAGAGUGGCCGCUGCGUGUGUUGGCCCGGGUACACAGGUCGGGACUGCGGCACGCGCGCCUGCCCUGGCGACUGUCGUGGGCGCGGGCGCUGCGUGGACGGCCGCUGCGUGUGCAACCCCGGCUUCGCGGGCGAGGACUGCGGGAGCCGUCGGUGCCCUGGGGACUGCCGCGGGCGGGGCCGCUGCGAGGAUGGCGUGUGCGUGUGCAACGCGGGCUACGAGGGAGAGGACUGUGGCGUGCGCAGCUGCCCAGGAGGUUGCCACGGCCGCGGCCAGUGCCACGACGGGCGCUGCUUGUGUGACGAUGACUACUCGGGCGAGGACUGCAGCAUAAAUAGGUGCCCCCGCGACUGCAGUCAGCAUGGCGUGUGCCAGGACGGCGUGUGCACCUGCUGGGAGGGCUACGCCGGCGAGGACUGUGGCCUCCGUACCUGCCCCUCCAACUGCCACCAGCGCGGCCGCUGCGAGGAUGGGCGCUGCGUGUGCAACUCAGGCUACACCGGCCCCUCCUGCGCUACCCGCACCUGCCCAGCGGAUUGCCGGGGCCGGGGGCGCUGUGUGCAGGGAGUGUGCGUGUGCCACGUGGGCUAUAGCGGCGAGGACUGUGGGCAGGAAGAGCCUCCCGCCAGCGCCUGCCCUGGGGGCUGUGGGCCCCGGGAACUGUGCCGCGCUGGCCAGUGUGUAUGCGUGGAGGGCUUUCGAGGACCUGACUGCGCCAUUCAGACGUGCCCCGGGGACUGCCGUGGCAGGGGAGACUGUCGUGAGGGCAGCUGCGUCUGUCAAGAUGGUUAUGCAGGGGAGGACUGCGGGGAAGCACGGGUACCCAGCUCUGCCUCAGCCUAUGACCAGAGAGGACUGGCGCCCGGUCAGGAGUACCAGGUCACAGUCCGUGCCCUUCGAGGGACUAGCUGGGGCCCUCCUGCCUCUAACACCAUCACCACCAUGAUUGAUGGCCCACAAGACCUCCGGGUGGUGGCUGUGACACCAACUACACUGGAGCUCAGCUGGCUGCGGCCCCAGGCAGAAGUGGACCAAUUCGUGGUGUCCUAUGUCAGCGCUGGCAACCAGAGGGUGCGGCUGGAAGUGCCCCCAGAGGCGGAUGGGACAGUGCUGACUGACCUGAUGCCAGGCGUGGAAUAUGUAGUGACCGUCACGGCAGAGCGGGGCCGGGCAGUAAGCUACCCGGCUUCUGUCAGAGCCAACACAGAGGAGGGCGAGGAGGAGCCUGGGCCUGGGCCUAGCCUGCCGCAGCCCCCUCGGCGGGCGUGGGGCAACCUGACGGGCGAGCUGGGCCGCUUCCGCGGCACUGUGCAAGACCUGGAGCGCCACCUGAGGGCUCAUGGCUACCCACUGCGGGCCAACCAGACCUACGCGUCCGUGGCGCGCCACAUCCACGAGUACUUGCAGCGGCAGGUGCUGGGCAGUUCCGCCGACGGCUCACUACUGGUGUCCCUUGACGGGCUCCGCGGCCACUUCGAGCGCGUGGUGCUGCGCUGGUGGCCCCAGCCGCCUGCAGAGGGCCCUGGCGGGGAGCUGACCGUGCCGGGCACCACGCGCACCGUCAGCCUACCUGACCUCAGGCCCGGCACCACCUACCACGUGGAGGUCCACGGGGUGCGGGCAGGGCAGACCUCCAAGUCCUACGCCUUCAUCACCACCACAGCCACCGAUGAGCCUCCUCCCUCGGGCCCUUCCACGACUCAAGGGGUCCAGGCCCCGGAACUGCAGCAGCGUCCCCAGGAGCUGGGAGAGUUGAGGGUGCUGGGCAGAGACAAGACAGGGAAGCUCCGCGUUGCUUGGACUGCUCAGCCUGACACGUUUGCCCACUUCCAGCUCCACCUUCGGGUGCCGGAGGGGCCAGGAGUGCAUGAGGAACUACUGCCAGGGGACGUCCGCCAGGCUCUGGUGCCCUCACCCCCUCCUGGAGUCUCCUAUGAGCUGUCACUUCGUGGGGUCCCCCCGGAGGGCGAGCCCUCUGCCCCUCUCAUCUACCAAAGCAUUAUGGACAGGGAUGGGGCGAAGCCUGGGAAGCCCUUGGCCCAGCCACGCCUGGGCGAGCUGAUGGUGACUGACCCAACCUCCAACUCUCUGCUCCUGCACUGGACGGUCCCUGAGGGCGAGUUCGACUCCUUCGUGAUCCAGUACAAGGACAGGGAUGGGCCCCAGGUGGUACCUGUGGAGGGAUCCCAGCGCUCAGCCCGCAUCACUAACCUGGACAUCGGCCGCAAGUACAAAUUUGUGCUAUAUGGGCUCCUGGGCAAGAAGAGGCAUGGGCCCCUGGUGGCUGAAGCCAAGAUCCUGCCUCAGAGUGAUCCUAGCCCAGCGACUCCACCCCACCUCGGCAAGCUGUGGGUGACAGAUCCCACCCCAGACUCACUGCGCCUCUCCUGGACUGUCCCUGAAGGCCAGUUUGACUCCUUCGUAGUCCAAUACAGGGAUAGGGAUGGACAGCCCCAAGUGAUGCCCGUGGAAGGGCCCGAGCGCUCGGUCAUUGUCUCCUCGCUGGACCCUAACCACAAGUACAGAUUCACUCUGUUUGGGGUUGCCAACAAGAAGCGGCAUGGCCCCCUCACAGCCGAUGGGACCACUGCCUCAGAGCAGAGAGCGGAGUCCCUCCACCCAGAGUCCCCAGCGCAGCCCCUGCUGGGGGAGCUGUCAGUGACUCAGGCAAACCCAGACUCCCUGCGCCUGGCCUGGACCGUGCCCCAGGGCUCCUUUGACUCCUUCGUGGUCCAGUACAAGGAUGCACAGGGCCAGCCCCAGGUGGUGCCCGUCAGGGGGGAUGAGAACGAGGUCACCAUCCCAGGCCUGGAGCCCCACCGGAAAUAUAAGAUGAACCUCUACGGGCUUCAUGGCAGGCAGCGUGUGGGACCUGUGUCCGUGGUGGCCACCACAGCCCCCCAGGACCUUGUGGAGGAGACACCUAGCCCCACAGAACCCAGCACGGAGGCCCUGGAGCCCCCCGAGGAGCCCCUCCUGGGGGAGCUGACGGUGACAGGAUCCUCCCCAGACUCGCUGAGCCUCUCCUGGACCAUCCCCCAGGGCCACUUCGACUCUUUUACUGUCCAGUACAAGGACGGGGACGGGCGGCCCCAGGUGGUGCGUGUCAGGGGUGAUGAGAACGAGGUCAUCAUUGGGGGCCUGGAGCCGGGGCGCAGGUACAAGGUGCACCUGUAUGGCCUGCACGAGGGGCAGCGCCAGGGCCCACCUUCCACCGUCUCUGUCUCCGCUCCACACCCAGAAGAGACCCCAGCCACAGAGCCGCCCCUGGAGCCACGCCUGGGGGAGCUGACAGUGACCGAUGUGACCCCCAACUCCGUGGGCCUUUCAUGGACAGUCCCCGAGGGCCAGUUUGACUCCUUUGUGGUCCAGUACAAGGACAGGGACGGGCAGCCCCAGGUGGUGCCUGUGGCCGCAGACCAGCAUGAGGUCACCAUCCUGGGCCUGGAGCCUGCACGCAAGUACAGGAUGAACUUCUAUGGGCUACAUGAUGGGCAGCACAUGGGCCCCCUCUCUGUAGUAGCUGUGACUGCCCCAGCCACAGAGUCCCCCCAGGAGCCACAGCUGGGGGAGCUGACAGUGUUAGACAUGACCCCAGACUCCGUGACCCUCUCCUGGACGGUCCCCAAUGGUGAAUUCGACUCCUUCAUGGUCCAGUACAAGGACAGGGAUGGGCAGCCCCAUGUGGUGCCCGUGGCCGCAGACCAGCAUGAGGUCACCAUCCCCGGCCUGGAGCCCAGCCGGAAGUACAAGUUCCUGGUCUAUGGGCUUCAGGAUGGGAAGAGACGCAGCCCAGUCUCUGUAGAGGCAAAAACAGCUGCCCAAGGUGACGCCAGCCUCAAGGCCCGCCCCCGCCUGGGGGAGCUAUGGGUGACAGAUCCCACCCUGCACUCACUACACCUCUCCUGGACUGUGCCCGAGGGCCAUUUUGACUCCUUUGUGGUCCAGUUCAAGGACAGAGAUGGGCCCCACAUGGUGCCCGUGGAAGGCCACGAGCGCUCGGUCACCGUCACCCCUCUGGACCCUGGUCGCAAGUACAGAUUCCUCCUUUAUGGGCUCCUGGGCAAGAAGCGCCAUGGCCCCCUCACUGCUGAAGGCACCACAGAGCUCAGGAGUGGUGUGGAUGAUGCUAGAACAAAGCACCCCCCAAAGCCCCGUCUCGGGGAAGAACUACAGGUGACCAGCGUGACACCAGACUCUGUGAGCCUCGCGUGGACGGUCCCUGAGGGCCACUUUGACUCCUUUGUGGUCCAGUACAAGGACAGGGACGGGCAGCCCCAGGUGGUCCCUGUGGAGGGCAGCCUCAGGGAGGUCAGCGUCUCUGGCCUGGACCCAGCCCGCAGGUAUAAGCUGCUGCUGUACGGGCUGUACCAGGGCAAGCGUGUGGGUCCCAUCUCUACCAUCGCCUUGACUGCCCCCAGAGAAGAUAUCGAAGCCGAGGCCCCAAGUCCUCCAGGGCCUGAGCCCCGCCUAGGGGAGGUAACUGUGGAGGAAGCAACACCAGACACCUUGCAUCUCUCCUGGACCGAGACUGAGGGCGAUUAUGACUCCUUCGAGGUCCACUACACAGACCAAGAUGGGCAACUCCAAGUGGUCAGGAUAGAUGGUGACCGGAAUGAUGUCAUCCUCUCUGGACUGGAAUCUGAGCACAGAUACCUAGUGAACCUGUACGGUUUCCGUGGCCAGCAGCGCGUGGGUCCUGCCCACAUUGAGGCCCUAACAGCUCCAAGGGAAGAGGAGGAUGAACCUUCAGAACCUCCCACCAAGCCCCGCCUAGGGGAGCUGGCCGUGACCGACGCCACCUCCGACUCCCUGCACCUCUCCUGGACCGUCCUCAAGGGCCAGUUUGACCACUUCCUGGUGCAGUACAAGAACGGGGACGGGCAGCCCAAGGCGGUGCGCGUCCCGGGGUAUGAGGAGGGGGUCACUGUGUCAGGCCUGCAGCCAGACCACAAGUACAAGAUGAACCUGUAUGGCCUGCACGGGGGGCAGCGCCAGGGCCCCGUGUCCACUGUGGGCAUCACUGGCUCCCUACCCACAGAGCCCCCUGUAGCACCCCGCCUGGGGGAGCUGGCUGUAGCAGCCGUGACCUCCGAUACAGUGAGCCUCUCGUGGACAGUGGCCCAGGGUCUCUUCGACUCCUUCCUGGUCCAGUACAAGGAUGUGCAGGGGCAGCCCCAGGCGGUGCCUGUGGGCGGACACCUCCAUGAGAUCACAGUAUCGGGCCUGGACCCGGCCCGCAAGUACAAGUUCCUGCUCUUUGGCCUCCGGGAUGGGAAACGCCAUGGCCCAGUGUCUGCAGAGGCAAAGACAAUCUCAGACAUGAAAUCUCCCCGCCUCGGGGAGCUGACAGUGACAGACGUGACCCCAGACUCCAUGACCCUCUCCUGGACGGUCCCUGAAGGUGAAUUAGACUCCUUCGUGAUCCAGUACAAGGACAGGGACGGGCAGCCUCGAGUGGUGCCCGUGGCCGCAGACCAGCGCGAGGUCACCAUCCCCAGCCUGGGGCCCGGCCGGAAGUACAAGUUCCUGCUCUAUGGGCUGGCAGGCAGGAAGCGCCUGGGCCCCAUCUCUGCCGAUGGUACCACAGCUCCCCUGGAGAAGGAGCGGCAGCGCCCACCCCGCCUCGGGGAGCUGACAGUGACAGAUGGGACCCCAGACUCCCUGCGCCUCUCAUGGACAGUGGCCCAGGGCACGUUUGAUUCCUUUGUGGUCCAGUAUAGGGACCCAGCUGGGCAGCCCCAGGCAGUGCCUGCAGCCAAAGACCAGCGGGAAGUCACCAUAGAGGGUCUGGAGCAUGGCAGGAAAUACAAGUUUCUGCUGUAUGGGCUCCACGGGGGACAGCGCCUGGGCCCCGUCUCUGUCCUGGGAGUGACAGCCCCGGAAGUGGACACGCCAGGCCCCUGGCACCCUGCCACAGAGGCUCCUGAGCCCCCUGCAGGGCCCCAGCUGCAGACACUGGCAGUGAGCGACAUAACCCCAGACUCCCUGCGCCUCUCGUGGAGUGUGGCCCAGGGCCCCUUUGACUCCUUCGUGGUCCAGUAUCAGGACACAGAUGGGCAGCCCCAGGCCUUGCUUGUGGACGGCAACCAGAACAAGGUGCAAGUGUUAGGCCUGGAGCCCAGCACCUCCUACACAUUCUUCCUCUACGGCCUCCACGAAGGGAAGCGCCUGGGGCCUGUCUCCACUGAGGGCACCACAGGGCCUGCUCCUGCUGGCCUGACCCCCGGGGAGACAGGGCCCCGCCUGUCCCAGCUGUCCGUGACCGAUGUGACCACCAGUUCCCUGCGGCUCAACUGGGAGGCCCCCUCAGAGGCCUUUGACUCCUUCCUGCUCCGCUUCGGGGUCCCAUCGCCAAGUACCCUGGAGCCACACCCGCGUCCCCUGCAGCAGCGGGAGCUGACAGUGCCAGGGUCACGGCGCUCGGCUGUGCUCCGGGACCUGCGCCCAGGGACCCUGUACAGCCUGACAUUGUAUGGGCUGCGGGGGCCCCAUAAGGCCGACAGCAUCCAGGGCACAGCCCGCACCCUCAGCCCAGUUCUGGAAAGCCCCCGUGACCUCCAGUUCAGCGAAAUUGGGGAAACCUCGGCCCAGGUCAGCUGGAUACCUCCAGCAUCCAGAGUGGACAGUUUCAAAGUUUCCUACCAGCUGGCAGAUGGAGGGGAGCCUCAGAGUGUGCAGGUGGACGGCCGAGCGCGGACCCAGAAACUCAAGGGGCUGAUCCCAGGCUCUCACUAUGAGGUGACUGUGGUCUCUGUCCGUGGCUUUGAGGAGAGUGAGCCUCUCACAGGCUUCCUCACCACAGUUCCUGACGGCCCCACCCAGCUCCGAGCGCUGAACUUGACGGAGGGAUCCGCUCUGCUGCACUGGAAGCCCCCCCAGACCCCUGUAGACAAGUACAAAGUCCGGGUCACAGCCUCAGGGGCCCCCUCACUACAGGGCUCGGCCCCUGGCACUGCUGUGGAGUACCCUCUGAGUGGCCUUGAGCUCCACACCAACUACACGGCAACUGUGCGUGGUCUUCGGGGCCCCAAUCUCACCGCCCCGGCCAGCGUCACCUUCAAUACAGGGCUGGAGGCCCCCCAGGACUUGGAGGCCAAGGAAGUGACCCCACGCACAGCCCUGCUCACUUGGACUGAACCCCAAGUCCUGCCGACUGGCUACCUGCUCAGUUUCAACACCCCUGGUGAACAGACCCAGGAAAUCCUGCUCCCAGGAGGGGUCACCUCACACCGGCUGCUGGGCCUCUUUCCCUCCACCCCCUACAGCGUGUGGCUCCGGGCUAUGUGGGGCGAGAGCCUCACACCGCCGGUGUCCACCUCCUUCAUCACUGGUGGACUUCCAAUCCCCUUUCCUCGGGACUGUGGGGAAGAGAUGCAGAACGGAGCCAGCUCCUCGAGGCCCACCACCAUCUUCCUGAAUGGGAACCGAGAGCGGCCCCUGGAUGUGUUCUGUGACAUGGAGACCGAUGGGGGUGGCUGGCUGGUGUUCCAGCGCCGCAUGGAUGGACAGACAGACUUCUGGAGGGACUGGGAGGACUACGCCCACGGCUUUGGCAACAUCUCUGGGGAGUUCUGGCUGGGCAACGAGGCCCUGCACAGCCUGACGGCAGCGGGCGACUACUCCAUGCGCGUGGACCUGCGGGCCGGGGACGAGGCCGUGUUCGCACAGUAUGACUCCUUCCGGGUGGACUCAGCCACGGACUACUACCGCCUUCACCUGGACGGCUACCAUGGCACGGCAGGGGACUCCAUGAGCUACCACAGUGGCAGCGUCUUUUCUGCCCGGGAUCGAGACCCCAACAACCUGCUCAUCUCCUGCGCCGUCUCGUACCACGGGGCAUGGUGGUAUAAGAACUGCCACUAUGCCAACCUCAACGGGCUCUACGGGAGCACCGUGGACCACCAGGGGGUGAGCUGGUACUACUGGAAGGGCUUUGAGUUCUCUGUGCCCUUCACGGAAAUGAAGCUGAGACCAAGAAGCUACCGGCCCCCAGCGGCCCAGAGAGGCUGACCGCUCACCUCUCCAGCGCCCCAGAAUGACUGCCGAGCACUGAGGGGUCGCGCUGAGAGAAGAGCCAGGGGCCACCGUCACCACCCAGCCACCAGAGGGAGCCUUCUCCAUCUGCGAUCUCACAGCACCAUGUUUACAGGGGGGAGGGCAGGGGUUUGUACGGGAAUAAUAUAAUAAAAGGAGAAACCGA